AUGGAUUUUUCUAAUGUUACAUAUUUAUCUUUGGAAGGACAUGUGGAGUUGGAGAAAUAUAGAUAUGUUUACUUUCUAAUUACUCUGAUUGUUUACAUACUGAUCAUUUUUUGCAAUGCUGUUGUCAUUACUGUCAUUUACACAAGCAAACGGCUCCAUGAGCCGAUGUAUGUUUUAAUUGCUGCUUUACUUUGUAAUUCCCUCUUUGGAACAGCUGCCUUUUAUCCUAAAUUACUAAGUGAUUUUCUAUCUGAAAAACCAGUUAUCUCUCGUGAAGCUUGUAUGAUUCAGGCCUUUUGCAUUUAUACAUAUGGAGUUUCAGAGUUUACACUGUUAUCAGCUAUGGCCUAUGACAGAUAUGUGUCCAUAUGUAAACCAUUACAAUACGCAACUCUUGUAAAAAUGUCCACUGUUAAAAAGGUCUUAUUUGUCUGUUGGUUUGUGCCUUCCUGUGAAGUUGGCAUAUCAAUAAUACUAACAUACCGACAGCUGUGUAAAUUUAAAUUAACCAGAAUAUACUGUAGUAAUUACUCAAUUGCUAAAUUAAGUUGUGGAGAUUUAACUGUUAUGAAUUCAUAUGGAUUGUUUCUAUUAAGCAUUAACGUUUUUCCACCAGUGACCUUUAUAAUCUACUCAUAUAUUAGAAUACUUGAUGUCUGUUUAAAGAACUCAAAAGAGUUCAGAAGAAAAGCUCUACAGACCUGCUUCCCACACCUUUUCAUUUUCAUCAGUUUCUCUGUUACUGCUUGUUUUGAAGUGAUUAACAGCAGAUUAGACGGAAAUGUACCUCAUAUUGUUUCCUUGUUAAUGUCAGUUGAAAAUGCUGUCUUUCCUCCUUUAUUCAAUCCUAUUAUAUAUGGACUGAAACUGCAGGAGAUAUCGAAUAGGAUUAAGAAAAUGAUUUUGAAAUCAAAGACUUUUUUUAGAUUGAAAUUCUGA